AUGGUUGGCGGCACAUUCCCUGCGAAAAACUGCACGAGAGGCAAUAGGAUAUGGAGUUUCCGUAUCUUAGAUACGAACAAAUAUGAAGACGCACGGAGGGUAAAGGAAAUAACGUGCGUCCAGAUUGGUUUCAUACUAACUUGCAAACGCUCAGAAAAAGAGCGAUGCUUGUUCAUCUCACUCGUUGAGCCUGCAUUCGAAGGAAAUGCUAGACAUGUCCAUGGGAACUCAAGUAGCGGCAAACAUGUGUUUCUAAAUAAAAGACAAGCGACAGUGAAGACUGCAUCAGUCCUAGCGUCAAUGGGAUCAUAUGGUUGCCUCUAUAUCGCCACACGGAUCGGAAUGUUCAACAAAUUAUGCUUCUUCAUCGGAGCAUUUCUUGGCUUCUUCUUUGCACAGCUUUCUCACCUGAUCUCUGAUAAGAUGGUGUUUUAUCGCGCCAAAGCAGUCGUGGAGCAUGCAGCUGCUACUGAUAUUGAGCUGCUCUUCAUGCCAGCCUAUUCUAUCCAGUUCAGUCGAGUCAAAAGCGUGUUCUCUGUUGUCGAACGCCAUCAUUUCGCGCAGAGAUCAAUGGACUGGUCGUUUGAAUCCGUGACACCUUUAUUCGACAUGUCGACCUCUGUUGUCAUUAACCCUUAA